AAGCACACAAGUUGACGGCGCUAGGCUAGCUAUUUAACUUCAGUAUAGCCGUGCACACGUUGGUUAACGUGGUCUAAAUGGCGAAACACAAAGGCAUCCCACUAGUUUAUUAGAAUUUGUUGGCAUACCUGGGUCAAAUGAUUUUUGAGUCUGGGCAGCCAUGGGUGACAUGAAAACCCCAGAUUUUGAUGAUCUUCUCGCUGCCUUUGACAUCCCAGAUGCUACAGGCUUAGAUUCCAAAGAGCCCAUUCAGGAGGGGAAUGACGAGGCACAUCUGAAACACCCCGGAACAUCUGCCAGUGACAAUUUAUUGAGUAAUCAAGCAGUCUCUGCAGCAGAUGUUCCUGUUGUGAGUGUGAUUGUGAAGAACACACAUCACCAGAAGCCGUUGGAGGGUUUCGGAAAUGGGUUCCACUCAGGACCAGCUUUGCAAAAUGGAUUUAAUACACAGGGUUCUGGUGACACAGCUAACAGUGUCUUUAGUAAAGCAUUUGUUUCUUCCCUAAAUGGGGAAUUCCCAAGUGAAUUUCUUGGGAAAGCACCAGUUCAACACAAACCUGAUGCUACGCCACCAUUUUCCCAGUCACACGCUCACUCCGGUCACAUUUCCAGUCCUGAGUAUGAAAGCAGUUUAAUAAGGCGAGACAAUGCAUAUGCCAAACAAGAGAGAUCGUGUUUCCCAGACGAAUCCAAUUGGGUCGAACCCUCAGCAGUGGAUAAUCCACAAAAGUCAGAUCUUUGUAUUUUUGAUGAGCUUCAGAAGGACAAUGAGUCACCCCGGAGAAGAAGUGAGGAGCCAACUGACAAUGGUGUCAGUAAUAAAAUAGGAGUACACAGUAGACCCCCUCACCUAAGCAAUAACAAGACCUUAAAUGAGCCUACGUGCAAUUUGGAAUCCCCGAUUGAUGGCCUUGACUCAUUUAGACAAAUAAAGCCAUAUGCAUCUAAAGUGCCAUCUUGCCUUGAGGCUCUGGUGGCUUUCAAUGCUAGAAAGGAUCCCAGCGAGCAAACUAAGAGUCCCAGAGAGUCUCCAGUAAUGAGCAUUGACUGCAUGAAAUACAGCCCCAAAGUGCCCAUAUCCCCUCGUAGUCCCAUGAGCCCACUUGAGGUGGUGAAACGCCUGAUGAAGCCACCCGACAGCCCCGCAAGUAUCUGCAGCGACAGCAGCGGCAAGGCCGCGGGGUCACCUCCGGUAAUACCCAAGGUCCGAAUAAAGACCAUCAAAACCACAAGUGGACAGGUGAAGCGCACAGUUACCAGUGUGCUGCCCGAUUCCGAAACAGACGAUGUCCACUCAGCCUAUGAAUCCUCACCAUCGCAGAGUUUGGUGAGUGAGGAUGGAGCAUAUUCACCGAAAGUCUCACAGAACAAAUCAGAGGAAAACCCCAGGACUUCAACAAUGUUCCAGAAUUUACAUGACAGAAGAUCAGAUGCACCCCGGGAACAUACGCUAAAGAGAGUCUCUUCCACUAAGGGACAUAAAAAAAGGUCUAACUUCCUCCCCAAAGCAGCGCACCUUGCCACUCUGAACCUCGUCCCUCACAGCGUCGCCGCCUCAGUGUCGGCCCGCUCCACCUCGCAACAGUCCAGUCAACAAACGCUCUCCUCAACUGUGUGCAGCACCGUCCCACUGGUGCAUCAGAUCAAAACGUGGCCACAAACUUCCGUCCCUAACUCUGCCGCGCACACCUUAAAGCGACUGCUGAACAAUAGCAAUCCCGUGCCGACGUACGUGCCCGACCUGAACCCCCCACCUGAGAGCAACAUCCGCCUCCCUGCACGAGGCUACCGCUGUAUCGAGUGUGGGGACUCUUUCGGGGUAGAGCGUAGCCUCACGUACCAUUACAGCCGGAGGAGUGUCCACAUUGAGGUGGGAUGCACACACUGUGACAUGACCAUGGUGUUCUUCAACAAGUGUGCACUGCUCGCACAUGCCAGGGAGCACAAGAACAAUGGCAAAGUGAUGCAGUGCACGCAGCUCCACAUGAAACCCAUUGCAGAGGCGCACAUGUUUGUACCUCUCCGUACGGAACCAGUCAACAAAGACUCUCGUGACACACAGUCACGUUCUCUUAAAACCCAGCCCGUCUUACCUCUCUAUCCAGACAACGUCACCCACUACCGACUGCGGUGCUUGGAAUGCAACAAGCAGUUGUCGGACCACCGAGCACUCGCCGGCCAUUAUCAGUCUCUGUCAGAAGAUAAGAGAGGAUUGUUUUGCAAGCUUUGCUCAAUGUUGCUACCUAACAAGUGCAGCUUGACAGCCCACCAGCGCAUCCACACCCGCAAGCCCCCUUACUGCUGCCCCGAGUGCGGAGCCGUAAGUCGCUGUGCGGACAUUCAGAAGCACAUCAGGGAAAAUUGUCUCCACUAUGCACGCAAAGCCUGGUACAAGUGUCUUCACUGUGAAGUGGUUUUUAAGACCCUUCUAGGACAAAAGGCACACAUUGAGGAAAAACACUGUGUAGUUCUCCGCAAGUGCUCCUCCUGCCCCAUUGCCUUCAAAACCUCAGACAGCUAUGAAGCUCAUAUGAAAAAUAAACAUCGUGCGAGCAAAAUCCCUCCCCAGUUCAACUUCAAGUGCUCAUGUGGUAAUGUUUUCCAGAAGAAAUGGUUGCUCUUUCAACAUUUCCAUCAAGAUGCCAACAAGCGUCUCACUAGUGUUUUUAAGUGUCCUGAAUGCAACUCGGUCUUCUCUCAGAAGCAGCUGUUGAUGGAUCAUUUCAAGAGUGUACAUGGAGGGGAGGGGAGACCAGAGCCAGAUGUUGACAGUAAACAAAUGAACGAUUGUGUUUUGCACUCGGAUGCCGGUCCCGUUCACGCUCCGGUGAAACGUACAGAGGCUCCUCGGAAAGAGGCAGAAAAGGAAAGCAGUCCUCGUGUGAAGUCGUCUGGGUGGACGUGUGGGGAAUGUCUUCAGUGUUUCCCUGAACGAGACCUUUACAUUGCCCACUUGAAGUCCAAGCAUAAUAAGUCAUUGAAGCGCUAUCCCUGUCGGCAGUGUGAGCAGUCAUUCAACUCCACGACAAGCUUAAGAAGACACAUUCGCAGUGACCAUGACGGGAAAAAGAAAAUUUACUCUUGUUGGUAUUGCACAGAAACAAAGACAUUUACCAACAGUGUGAUGAUGAAGAACCACAUCAGUCUGAUGCAUGGAAUUAAAAAUCCUGACCUUAGCCAAAUGCCUAAAACCUCCAUCCAGGAAAAGAUAAAGGAUUCUGGACCAUCAAUAGCUGGCAAUGAGAAAGGGCAGGAAAUGCCAAAUUCUCUGGAGACUCCUUCUGCCAAGCGUCCAAAAACACAGUUCCGCUGCUCCAAAUGCGGAUUCAUCACAGAUGACAACGCCCAGUUCCAGGAGCACAUACCUCAGCAUAAAAGCGCCGAAAACACACCCCAGUGCCUUCGUUGUGGCCUGUGCUUCACGUCGCCGCUGUCCCUAAGUAGACACCUGGUUAUCGUUCACAAAGUCAAAGAUCCCGAAGACGAGGAGGCGGUGACGGCCCAUCGGCCAAAUGAUGGCGACGAUGAGCGAAGUGAUGCCGAACUCUCGCAGUCAGGCGAGGACUCAUUCAAAUCCCAAUCAUACAUCAGCACAGUGACAUCCACAUCCAAUUAGCUUGCUAGCUGUGUUCGUCUUGGACAUUGCUGAAUGCUCCACAUGAACACACUUUUUAACUGCAGCACAUUAUAACAAAUGGUUAACAAAAAACUGGAUAUACCCACAUACAGUUGAAGCCAAAGAUUCACAUACACUGUAAAAAAAAGUUUCAUUUUUGUCUUGUCUGAAGUCAAAUUGGACAAAAUUUCCAGUUUUAGGUCAGUCAGGAUCACCAAACUUAUUUAAUUUUCACUGCCACAAUAAUGAGAGAAUUUCUUAGAGAAUUGUAUAUUAUUUUCAUUGAGGUCAAAAGUUGUGUGUAAAAAGUCCUCUGUCUAUAAAGAACAUGGGGUAGCCCACAUAAUAAGGUCAUGGCUUUGAAAGCUCGUGGUAGGUUAAUGGAAAAUGUGAGUUAGUUGACGGCACAUCUCUAUGUGAUGUAUUUAAGUCCUCAGUUCAAACAUUCUGCUUCCUUGUUUGAAAUCAUGGAAUAAUCAAAAGAAACUGGCCAGGAGAUCAGUAAAAAAAUCGUGGAGCUCCUUAAGUCUGGCUCAUCCUUGGGUACAAUUUCCAGAUACUUGAAGGUGCCACAUCCAACUGUUAAAACAAUUAUAGGCAAGUAAAAGCAUCAUGGGAAUGUCCACCCAUCACUUAUCUAGAAGGAGACGGGGUCUGUGUCCCAGAGAUGAACGUGUUUUGGUCUGAAAUGUGCGAAUCAACCCAAGAACAAAAGGUUAAAGCCUCGUGAAGGUGCUGGAUGAGGCUGGUAAGAAAGUGUCAUUAUCCAGAUGGAAAACGAGUCUUGCACUGAGAUGGGCUGAAAGGCCACUCACAGAGAAUGGAGCCAUUACUCUACCCCUAAAGAGAAACAAAAACGACCUAUUACUGUUUGCAAAAAUCUUAGAGAUCUUAACUUCUGGAGACAUGUCCUGUGGUCUAAUGAAACUUAAGUGGAGCUGUUAGGCCAUAAGGACUGUUAUAUCUGGAGGAAAAGGGGGGAAACUUUUAGACCUGAGAACACCAUACCAACUGUGAAGCAUGGAGGUGGCAGCAUCAUGUUGUGGGGCUGUUUUGCUGUAGCUGGAACUGGAGCUCUUCGGAAAACCUGACUCACUUACACUAGUUCUGUCAGGAGGAAUGGGCCAGGAUUACAGCAGAGUAUUGUCAGAAGCUUUUCGAAGUUUACCCUCAACGUUUGACCCAAGUCAUGCAGUUUAAAGGAAAUGCUACUCGGGACUAAGGAAAUGUAUGUAAACUUUUGACCUUGAAGAAAAUCUCUCUGUCGUUAUUGUGACUUUUAACAAAAUAAAAUAAUUUUGGCGAUUCUUACUGACCUGAAAAAGGGGCGGUAUAGUCUGAUUUGACCUCAGACAGCGAGACAAAAAGUGAAAUGUGUUUUUGCACAGUGUAUGUAAAUGUCUGGCUUCAACUGUUUAUCUCAUGACCAAUUGCUAUGCAUGAUAUUACAGAUUUCUACUUAACUGCAUUUUGGAUACUAGAAUCAUUGUGGCACUCAUUGCAACUGAAGCCUUUUUUUUUCCCCUCUAAAUAUUUUAUUCACCUUGAUGCAGUAACAAAAUUGUGGGAUUUGAGUUCUGGUGCAAACUGUUAAUAAGCCAAUACAUUCUUUCACUUUUAAGUAUUAACUGCUACUCCUAUUAACUGCAAUUUAGUUGCUUAAAUCUUAGUAUUGCCACCCGAUGUCCCCUGAAAGGCAUUGUGGGUGUUAUUUUUUUAUGCACUAUUCUUCUGCAAAAAGGACUAAUAACCAUAAACAGAUGCCAAAGCCUUACUAAAGUUGGGCUGCAGGAACAAGAGAUAUGUUUCACUCUAUGAGCAUUAUAUGCUUUUAGUUUUGUUUUUAUUCAAAUGCUUGUAAAGGGGAAGCAGAACGUUGUUGAAUGUGAGGAUCAGCAGUAUUGAAAAUACCUCAGACUGCCAAAAGUUUAAUUUUGGAGGCACGCAGGUUCUGUAUUUUGUCAAAAUCAAGAUUAUUAUUGGAACAGGGAAAAAUAAUAUGAAAGGAGGCAAGUGAGGGACAUCUUGCUGUGACAAUUUUGUGUUGGAAGUGAGACAGCAACCAACUACCUCUACGGUGAAUGGCAGUGAUUGUUAAAUGUGCAGAGGAGUCACAUAUAAUCCCAGUGCAAUCCAGAAUGUGUAUUAUCCCACAUUAUUGAAUUUUAUAAAUUGAUUUUGGGGACCACUUUGAAAAUACCAAGUCAUAUUGACUUAUGAAGGUUUUUUUUUUUUUUUAUGUGUUACACGAGUUCUUAAUUUUCUACUCUCAUUAAAUGUAAGCAUGCGGCUGCCCAGACUGACGUAUCAUUUUGUGCUGGUCGAAGGAUAUUUUUUUUUACCUUUGAUACCCUGUACAGAAAUGAAUUGUAUACCUUAAGAGCAUCUCUUAAACUAUGACCUCUACCUAGCAUGCAAUGGCCCAUUUGCCUUACCAUUAUGGUUACCUAAAGUACUGUACAUACAAAUAAACUGGCGCAUUGAAUGAUAUUUCUGUCUGACACCGUUUUUGUAUUGGCUCUCUGACUCAUGAGACAUUGGAGUGGAUCCAGUUAAAAGCAAACAAGAGCAAUGACUUCAUCCAACUAGAAUAUUGAGCCCAUCCUUUCUCACAGUUUUUCUCCAGCCUGGAUGGCUGCCUUUGAGACUUCCCCUUUUCACCAAAAAGAAGCUGACAUUGAAGUUCAUAUGUACUGUUUUAAGUUGAAGUUGUGCUGUUAGAAAAGCAUAUUGCUCACCCUUUCAGACAUUUUGAAAUUGAAAUCCACCAAGGUACAC